CUCUUCACACAACGGAAGUGUCAAAACCAGAGACCUCAACACCUGUUAUCUUACUUCAGCACUGCCUUUGAGCCUCAUAGGCCAAGUCCAUCAAAUUUUACCUUUAUAAAUUGCUCAGAUUCGUUUGAAUUGCAGCCAUGUUCAACAACAGUAGCAGUAAUUGGGUCACAGAAAACAGCAGUGUUUUAUCAAGUCUCAGCACCAAUGAAGAGAUGAGGAGAAACAAUCCUCAGAGCCUCAGCACAGAUGCCUAUGACUACUCUUAUUAUGAUUUAUUUAAUGGUGAUGCCAGCAUUGCAGAACCAUGUAGCUUCCAAAGCAAUUCAAACCUCUUUCUCCCGGUGCUCUACUCCGUGUUCUUCGUGGUGGGUUUGCUGGGAAACCUGCUGGUGCUGUGGGUGAUCCUGAAAGGUGCUCAGUUGAAAAGCAUGACUGACGUGUCUCUCCUGAACCUGGCCAUCGCUGACCUGCUGCUAAUCUUCACUCUCCCCUUCCUGGCUCACUAUGCCAGAGGUAACUGGGUUUUCGGUAAUGGCAUGUGCACCCUGGUCCUCAGCGUGUACCACGUCGGAUUUUACUCUGGAAUUUUCUUUAUCGUGCUGAUGAGCAUCGACAGAUACUUGGCGAUCGUCCAUGCCGUGUUCGCCUUGAGGAUCCGUACAAGGGCUUAUGGGAUUUUUGCAAGUAUAGUUGUCUGGAUUCUCGCUGUAAUAGCAUCAUUUCCUGAGCUCCUGUAUCUUGGAGUCCAAAAGAAUGGGACUGAAGUACUUUGCAAAUCUUAUCCGCCAAAUUAUGAUAUUCACAAGGCAGUGAAAACUGCAGCUAUCUUCAAAAUGAAUGUUUUGGGCCUGUUCAUUCCGCUGAUCAUUGUGGGAUUUUGUUACUCCAUGGUACUAAGGAGGCUUCUGAAUCUCCGGACAUCAAAGAAACUGGCAGUUCGCCUUGUCGUUGUGGUCAUGGUGGUGUUCUUCUUCUGUUGGAUACCGUACAACACCGCAGCGUUCCUCAAAGCACUGGAAAUGCGAGAAGUUUUGCCUCUAAGAUGUGAGAUAAGCAGACACCUCCAGCUGCUGCUGCAGGUCACCGAAGCCGUGGCGUAUUCACACAGCUGCCUCAACCCGUUCCUCUACGUGUUCGUGGGUGAAAAAUUCAAGAGGCACCUCGCCAGGCUCCUGCACCAGACCCCAUGCAUCCAUGUGCAGUGUGUAAAGAUCUAUAUGACCCAGGCCACAGGCUCUGUGUAUUCACAGACCACGAGUGUGGACGAGCGCUCAGCUGGUGUCUGAAUCGUAGAUGGUGUUAAAGGAAAACAACAUUGUAUUUAAUGUGUUUACUAUAAAUAUUUUCACUGGUAGAGGUGAAUGUGUCUGAAGAUUAACAUGCUCAAUUUAAACCCUAAACUGAACCUGCCAGAAUUCAGAUAUAUUUCCAGAACCUUGAAGUUUGGCUCGUUUUUUUAAACACAAUGCUGAUUUUUCAGCAGCUGAAUCAAAUCGGGCUCCAUUGUAGGAUAUCUGGUGAAAUCCUAAUCCACAAAAAAAUCUUUUUUUUCCCCAAUGGGUGACAUUAGAGGAACAAUUACUAAGUUUAAAGAUUCACUGUUUCUUGUAUAAUUAAUAAAAUGACAAAUGCUUGAUCUUAAUUUCAAAUAAUAGACAACAACAAAGUUGUGCGCAUAACGAUAUGACAUAUUGAAAAAGCCGCAUAGUGGUCUAGGUGAUAGUAAAAAAAAAAACCCUAUCUCUGAUCCAUCUAAAAUCUCACACCCUCAUGGCUUGAAGAACAGGAAGAUCAUAUUGCUCAUCUGCACACAGUUUCCACUUCCUGUCUAAAUGAUACUGAAAAUGAGCAACUUUCCUUGUGUAAAUAAUUUUUGUGUAAAUAAUGUAUUAGGCUUUAAUGUUGUUGAGGCUCUUUGAGUUCCCAAAAUGAUUUCUCAUGGUUUCAAGAUCUUAUCUGAAUUGCAGCUGAUUAUAAAUGAUAGAUAUUCAACAUGUUCAAUGUUUAUGAUGUAAUAUACUGGUAUGUGUGUGUGGUGUGAAAAAAACAAAUGUUUGGUGUGAAAAACUGAUGAGCAGCAUUACAGGGUGAUGUGAUGCUGGAUUUAUUAGAGUACAGUAUCUUUAAAGUCGAUUUUUUCUUUUUGUUCCCAAAAAAGAGACUUUUUUUUUUUUUUUGCAUUUUGUCAUGUUCUCAUGUAGAAUAGUGUUUAUGUGCCCUAAUAUUUUGUCCACCUCUGAAAAGGUUCAGUAGAAAUGAUAAUAUUCCUCCACAAUCUAUUAAAUGAAUUUUGCGUACACUUUGUCCUGCAACGUUACGCACGCUGUAGCAGCUACAGAGUCAUUUCAUUUCGUUCUACUUUCUCAUUACCAGAAGAAAAGUUCUAAAGCUUGAGACUUCGAAUAUCACCAACUCAUUUCAGUUUUGACUUUAAGGCACAAAAGAACGAGUCGAUCACCAAAUUUUUACACUCGAAUUAUCUGUUGAGUAUAAAAUACCACAUUACUGUUUGUUAUUCAUUUUGUUAACUGCUGUUACUGCAUUCAUGUUGAUCUCGAUGUCUUCUCUGGUUCUAGUUCUGGUUCUGGUUCUUUUUUCUAAACCAUGUGGUGCACUAAACGGUUCUGUGUGGUCGAAGUCACUGGAGCUCCACUCAGCAUGAUGGAUUAGUUUAUAACAGAUCUUUUAACUUCCGAUUGACUGAUUAGUGUUUAACGUGUUUGAGGUCAGAAGAACCUCCAGGUGAGAACAUUUUAUACUUCAAAUAUUUCAAAUGUUGGAAGAUAAUUCGAUGUUUUCUGCUUAUAAAUGAUAUAAAUGAAAUAAAUCUUGCCUUUAAACCACAGACUGCAUUAAGUUGUGCACACAAUAUUUCAGUGCAUAAAGUCAGAAAGUGGCCUAAUGAAAACCUUCCAUCAGAAAUCUCACACCCUCAGAGGCUUGAAGUAGAUCAUUCUGAUUAUCCGCACAGAAUUUCCACUUCCUGUGUAAACUGAUUCUGAACAUGAUUUUACGGUGUAAAUAUUGAUGCGACUUUUGAUCAGCUCUGAAUGAGGCCCUGGAACUGAUCACGUAAAGGAUGGGGAACUACAGGAUGAUGUUGAGGCUCUUCGUGUUGCCAAGAGGAUUAUACAAUUUGAUCUAAAUUGCAGCUGAUUCUAAAUGAUAGAUAUUUAACAUGCUCAGCAUUUAUGAUGUAAUAUCCUGGAAAGUGUGUGUGGUGUGAAAAAAAAAAUGUUAGGUGUGAAAAACUGCUGAACAGGCAUUAGAUGGGGUGUGAUGGUGUAUUUGUACAGUGUUUAUCUUUAAUGUGCAAUUUUUUAAAUAGAGACUGCUUUUAUUUUUAUUCUUCAAGUUUGAAUAUUGUGAUGUUCUCAUGUUCUCAUGGUGUUUAUGUGCCAACCUGAAUAAAAAUCAGAGAUUAUUUUGUACACCUGUGAAAAAACUCGAACUCCAAGUCCAAUAGAAAUGAUAGUAUUCAUCUGCAGAUCUUUCAAUCGCACUGUUUUUCUAGUCACGCGUACAUUCAAAGUUCUGGAAGGAUAAACACGUUGUACAGAAACAGCAUGAGGAUGUGAUGUAGUAGUGCACUUCAGCUUUUUGUAA